ACUGAAUGCUGACAAAACUUUUUGAGGUUAUGUUGAUCACAAAAGAGGGUGUCCUUUGAGCAAUCUGUUUCCCGUUUCCACGUCUUUCCUCCACUUCACAAGCAAUGGACAGGCCAGAUUCGCCCGUUUAUGCGUACAUGAGAUCGAUGCUCACAAUCUUAAUAGUCUUCGCAAUAACCUGCCUACUUUUCGUAUUCUAUUUCCGUCGGAGAAGCUACAAGCGCGGAGUCCUUCUAACCGGUCUCUGCGACAGCGGUAAAACACUGACGUUUUCGCAGCUCGUCCACGGCAAAUACGUUAACACGCAGACCUCCAUGAAGGAGAAUGUCGGCGAAUAUAUCGUGAAAAGCGGAUCUGUACGUGUAAUUGAUAUCCCGGGACAUGAACGUUUGCGUGACCGCUUUUUUGAUCAAUACAAAUCCGCAGCGCUUGGCGUUAUAUACAUGCUGGAUUCGGCAACUGUCCAGAAAGAUAUAAGGGAUACGGCCGAGUACUUGUACAACAUCUUAUCUGAAUGUAUCACGUCCAGCAUUUCGUCUGUGCUAAUUAUUUGCAACAAGCAAGAUUUAGACUUGUCAAAAACGUCGACCAUUAUCAAGAGUAUGUUGGAAAAGGAACUAAAUGCUGUACGUUUGACCAAGGGUAGUCAGCUGGAGUCGGUAGAUCCAAAAGGGCAGAAGACAAAGUACCUUGGCAAGAAAGGUACCGACUUUGGGUUUUCCCAAUUGCCUUGCAAUGUGCAGUUUGUAGAGGCGAGCAUUUCAUCAGACAGUAAAAAUAUAGAAGAUAUUGAAAUGUGGUUAGCUAAAUUGUGUUCUUAAUUUUGUACAAUUAUUUUGCAAUAAAACGUUUGGUAGUAUAA